AUGGUGUACACAGCCCCAUACCAUACAGCUCACCCCAACACCUGUCUUGCUGCUCGCCCAACCAUUAUCCUACGGUUCAUCCAGCCCCCAUACAAUACAGCUCACCCCAACACCUAUCUUGCAGCUCGCCCAACCAUUAUCCUACAGUUCACCCAGUCGCACACAAUACAGCUCAACCCCAACACCUAUCCUCCAGCUCGCCCAACCAUUAUCCAACGGUUCACCCAGCCCCAUACUAUACAGCUCACUCCAACACCUAUCCUCCAGCUCGCCCAAGCAUUAUACAGCGGUUCACCCAGCCCCAUACUAUACAGCUCACCCCAACACCUAUCUUUCAGCUCGCCCAACCAUUAUCCAACGCUCGCAAAACCAUUAUCCAACGGUUCAACCAGCCCCCAUACUACACAGCUCAACCCAACACCUAUACUCCAGUUCGCCCAACCAUUAUCUUACAGUUCACUCAGCCCCAUACUAUACAGCUCACCCCAACACCUAUCAUCGAGCUUGCCCAACAAUUAUCCUACAGUUCACCCAGCCCCAUACAAUAGAGCUCACCCCAACACCUCUCCUCCAGCUAGCCACACCAUUAUCCUACAGUUCACUCAGCCCCAUAAUAUAAAUCUCUCCCCACCACCUAUCCUCCAGCUCGCCACAGCAUUAUCCAACGGUUCAACCUGCCCCCAUACUAUGGAGCUCACCCCAACACCUAUCCUCCAGCUUGCCCAACCAUUAUCCUACAGUUCACUCAGCCCCUUACUAUACAGCUCACCCCAACAACUAUCCUUCAGCUUGCCCAACCAUUUUCUUACAGUUCACUCAGCCCCAUUCUAUACAGCUCACCCCAACACCUCUCCUCCAGCUUGCCCAACCAUUAUCUUACAGUUCACUCAGCCCCAUACUAUACAGCUCACCCCAACAACUAUCCUCCAGCUCGCCCAACCAUUAUCUUACAGUUCACUCAGCCCCCAUACUAUAGAGCUCAACCCAUGUCCUCCAGCUCGCCGAACCAUUACCCUAUGGUGUACAGAGCCCCAUACCAUACAGCUCACCCCAACACCUAUCUUGCUGAUCGCCCAACCAUUAUCUUACGGUUCAUCCAGCCCCCAUACUAUACAGCUCACCCCAACACCUAUCCUCCAGCUCGCCCAACCAUUAUCUUACAGUUCACUCAGCUCCAUACUGUACAGCUCACCCAAACACCUAUCAACCAGAUCUCCCAACCAUUAUCCUAUGGUGUACUCGGCCCCAUACAAUACAGCUCACCCCAACACCUAUCUUGCAGCUCGCCCAACCAUUAUCCUACAGUUCAGCCAGUCCCACACAAUACAGCUCAACCCCAACACCUAUCCUCCAGCUCACCCAACCAUUAUCCAACGGUACACCCAGCCCCCAUACUAUACAGCUCACCCCAACACCUAUCCUCCAGCUCGCCCAACCAUUAUCCAACGGUUCACCCAGCCCAAUACUAUACAGCUCACCCCAACACCUAUCCUCCAGCUCACCCAACCAUUAUCCAACGGUUCACCCAGCCCCAUAGUAUACAGCUCACUCCAACACCUACCCUCCAGCUCGCCCAACCAUUAUCCUACAGUUCACCCAAGCCCAUACUAUACAGCUCACCCCAACACCUAUCCUCCAGCUCGCCCAACCAUUAUCCUACAGUUCAGCCAGUCCCUUACAAUACAGCUCAACCCCAACACCUAUCCUCCAGCUCACCCAACCAUUAUCCAACGGUUCACCCAGCCCCCAUACUAUACAGCUCACCCCAACACCUAUCCUCCAGCUCACCCAACCAUUAUCCAACGGUUCACCCGGCCCCAUAGUAUACAGCUCACCCCAACACCUAUCCUCCAGCUCGCCCAACCAUUAUCCUACAGUUCACCCAAGCUCAUACUAUACAGCUCACCCCAACACCUAUCCUCCAGCUUGCCCAACCAUUAUCCUACUGUUCGCCCAGCCCCAUACAAUACAGCUCAACCCAACACCUAUCCUCCAGCUUGCCCAACCAUUAUCCUACAGUUCACCCAGCCCCGAAAAUACAGCUCAUCUCAAUACAUAUCCUCCAGCUUGCCCAACCAUUAUCCUACAGUUCACUCAGCCCCAUAUUACACAGCUCACCCCAACACCUAUCCUCCAGCUCGCCCAACCAUUAUCCUACAGUUCACUCAGCCCCUUCGUUUACAGCUCAUCCCAGCACCUAUCAUAUAG